GACUCUGGCCUGAGCAAGGCUUGACCAGAAAAUCUGUGGCCACUUCCGACACUGCGUGUGCUGGGCCUGCUGCAGUGUGCCCUUCUGUGACACACAUGUGCAGGGCCACAUUGCUAGUCUUAAACAUUUUUGUAUCAUUUUUCUCUUGCAUUGUGACCUUCAUAGUUUGAAAGAGUUCAGCAAAGAGACUGUUUUUGUUAUGAAGUGAUUGUUUUCUUGGUUUUCAUUCACUGAAAACAGUUACCUGCUGGCAAUCAGAAAGAGCAAGUUUAUACAUAGAGAUUACUUAGCCAGAGCUGAGAGUACUGGAGACUCUCAACAAUUUUGUGACCCAUGACUUCUGUAAGACAUUUGGAAAUUUUCAGCUAGGCAUAGUGACUACAUGGUGAGAUGCUGUCUCAAAACAAACAAAAAAUAAAAAUUAAAAGAAGAUUUUUGAAAAUUUCCCAACUAAUUGGAACCCAAAUAUCUAUUUUGCUUUUCAUUUUCAAAGUAAAACGUUCCAUUCCUAGCUCAAGGGCCAGCUGUUCCGAGCUCCGAGCUGCCCCUUGACCACCGCUCGUGCAGCCCGUGGGAGGCUGCCAUUUCUCCCCAGAGGCUGCAGGCCUUCUUCUGCACACAGCUAUCAUUCCUGAUCUGGUCCUGUUGAGCCUUGCUUUAUUCUGGGGCAUUUUCUUUUUCUUUUUCUUUUUUUCCUUCUCUUUUUCCCGCCACUUGGUUUUCUUGGGUUUUGAUUUUUCUUUUAGUUUUGUUUUUUGGUUGUGGCUGUUGUUCUGUUUUGCUGUUGACUUUUUGGUACUCUUUCUUCCCUCCCUUCCCCAUCCAAAAGGCCUUUGUGGAUGCUGCAGAAAAUUAGGUUGGUCCAGUCAUAAGACAAGAUGGCAGGGAAGGCAAGAGCUAGCAAGGACCCAAACAGAGGGCUGGGGCAGGGGAGCACGUGUGCAGAAAGGGGCCCUAACCAUGGAGUUUACGGAUAGGGUCAGAUGGAGGUGGGUGGAAGCUGCCCGCAGGAGGUGGGAACUUAAGUUGUAUCCAUCUCCUCCCCUUCAUCCCAAUUUGGCCAAACAGACCAGAGGAGGCCUUGCACAGAAAGACUGGGUGGGAGUGUGAGGGAGGGCACCUGUCACUUCUCUCCUGCCGUCCUCUCUCUGGUAGUGUCUAGGGGACAUUUUCAAGUUUCGGGCUCCCUGGGGAUGAAUAAAUGAAUGAAUGAGCACAAGUCCCUGGGAGCACCUCUGCUGUCUCCAGAAUCCAUUCCUUCCUUUCUCUUUCUGCUUAGGCUCCUGGCAUCAGGGUAAAGAAGAAAAGGAAGGGGAAAAUGGAGGAAUGAGAAGGAUGAGGCUGGGAGGGGAAGGAGUAUCAGCUCCAUCCUUCAGGGUGUGACACGGGAGAGGCAGACGGAGGGAGGGAAGGAGGGAGAUACCUGGGCAUGGCCUGCCCUAGAGCCCAACUUGCUAUGUAUCCUUGGCAGGUCAGCUUCUUGCCCAAGUCUUAAGUUUCUUACUUGAAAAUUGGGGCUAAUAAUAUGCAUGAGGCUGGGCCAUUUUCAAUCACAGUAGGUAUAAAAUGUUUAAUGCAGACAGAGCUGAUCACAAUACCAAAGAAGUGUGUAAAAGGACCAUCAGGAAGGUUAGGGUAGGAACGUUCAGUGCAGGAAGAGUCUGAGAGUCUGGCCUGAGUGUCAGCAGUAUCCUCCUAGAAGAGGGCGUGCUUUACCCGAGCUUUGGAGGAGAGUAGAUUUUAGUCAGGAGACCGUGGGGCCCGGGGCAGGUGGCACUGCAUGGGUGUGGGAGGAGGCCAGACAUGGGGAUCCUAGUGCAGCCCCGUCCCUCAAGCCCCUGGCUUGCUCCCUCAUUCUUGAAACUCUCCUAAUAGCCCAGGAAGGCCAGUCCUUGGGGAGUAGGGGUGGUGAGAUGUGUGUUACAUCUACUGUCAGUGAAGAUUUGGUGACUAACAUUCACUGUCUUUCUAACUACCAUCCCUACCCCCUUAUCUGGUGAGACCUCGCAACCUCUAAUUUUAUCUUCCUUUCUCCCCCAGCAAUUUCUGGCAACAAAGACUGGGGGCACCCUUGAGGAUCAAAUCAUCGAGGCCAACCCUGCCAUGGAAGCUUUUGGCAACGCCAAGACCUUGAGGAAUGACAACUCCUCCCGCUUUAUCUCUUGGAGAAGUCUCGAGUGAUCUUCCAGCUGCCUGGUGAGCGUGGCUACCAUGUCUACUACCAGAUCCUCUCGGGGAAGAAGCCAGAGCUGCAGGCAUGCCAUGGACAUCCUGGGCUUCAGCGUGGACGAGAAGUGCGCUUGCUAUAAGAUUGUGGGUGCCCUCCUGCACUUCGGCAACAUGAAGUUCAAGCAGAAGCAGCGGGAGGAGCAGGCCGAGGCCGAUGGCACUGAGAGUGCUGACAAGGCUGCCUACCUGAUGGGAGUCAGCAGUGGGGACCUGCUCAAAGGCCUUUUGCACCCCCGAGUGCGUGUGGGGAAUGAGUAUGUGACCAAGGGCCAGAGUGUAGAGCAGGUGGUGUUUGCAGUGGGGGCCCUGGCCAAGGCCACCUAUGACCGGCUGUUCCGGUGGCUGGUGUCUCGGAUCAACCAGACCCUGGACACAAAGCUGCCCCGGCAGUUCUUCAUUGGGGUCCUGGACAUUGCUGGUUUUGAGAUCUUUGAGUUUAACAGCUUUGAGCAGCUGUGCAUCAACUUCACCAACGAGAAGCUGCAGCAGUUCUUCAAUCAGCACAUGUUUGUGCUGGAGCAGGAGGAGUACAAGCGCGAGGGCAUCGACUGGGUCUUCAUCGACUUCGGUCUUGACCUGCAGCCCUGCAUUGACCUCAUCGAGAAGCCACUAGGGAUCCUGUCCAUCUUGGAGGAGGAGUGCAUGUUCCCCAAGGCCUCAGAUGCAAGCUUUCGGGCCAAGCUGUAUGACAACCAUGCAGGGAAAUCACCCAAUUUUCAGCAGCCUCGACCUGAUAAAAAGCGCAAAUAUCAGGCCCACUUCGAGGUGGUCCACUAUGCAGGCGUGGUGCCUUACAGCAUCGUGGGCUGGCUGGAGAAAAACAAGGAUCCUUUGAAUGAGACAGUGGUCCCCAUCUUCCAAAAGUCUCAGAACAAGCUCCUGGCUACUCUCUAUGAGAAUUAUUCAGGCUCCUGUUCCGCUGAGCCCCCCAAGUCUGGAGUGAAGGAGAAGCGUAAGAAGGCAGCGUCAUUCCAGACGGUGUCCCAGCUGCACAAGGAGAACCUCAACAAGCUGAUGACCAACCUGCGAGCCACACAGCCCCACUUUGUCCGCUGCAUUGUUCCUAAUGAGAACAAGACACCAGGGGUCAUGGAUGCCUUCUUGGUGCUCCACCAGCUACGCUGCAAUGGGGUCCUAGAGGGGAUCCGGAUCUGCCGCCAAGGGUUCCCCAACAGGCUGCUGUACGCGGACUUCAGGCAGCGGUACCGUAUCCUGAACCCCAGUGCCAUCCCAGAUGACACCUUCAUGGACAGUAGGAAGGCCACAGAGAAGCUGCUGGGUUCGCUAGACAUUGACCACACCCAGUACCAGUUUGGUCACACCAAGGUGUUCUUCAAAGCCGGGCUUCUAGGUGUCCUGGAAGAGCUCCGUGACCAGCGUCUGGCCAAGGUGCUGACACUGCUGCAGGCCCGAAGCCGAGGCCGUCUCAUGCGCCUUGAGUACCAGCGCAUGCUGGGAGGCAGGGAUGCCCUGUUCACCAUCCAGUGGAACAUCCGUGCCUUCAAUGCUGUCAAGAAUUGGUCAUGGAUGAAGCUUUUCUUCAAGAUGAAGCCAUUGCUGCGCUCAGCACAAGCUGAGGAGGAGCUGGCAGCUCUGAGGGCAGAGCUACGAGGGCUGCGAGGGGCGCUGGCAGCUGCUGAGACCAAGCGCCAGGAGCUGGAAGAGACUCAAGUCAGUGUCACCCAGGAGAAGAAUGACCUGGCCCUGCAGCUGCAGGCAGAGCAGGAAAACCUGGCGGAUGCUGAAGAGCGCUGCCACUUGCUGAUCAAGUCUAAGGUGCAGCUUGAGGCGAAGGUGAAGGAGCUGAACGAGCGGCUGGAGGAUGAAGAGGAAGUGAAUGCUGACCUGGCCGCACGCCGGCGCAAGUUGGAGGAUGAGUGCACAGAGCUCAAGAAGGACAUUGAUGACCUGGAGCUGACCCUGGCCAAGGCUGAGAAAGAGAAGCAAGCCACUGAGAACAAGGUGAAAAACCUGACAGAGGAGAUGGCCACACUGGAUGAGUCAGUGGCCCGGCUGACCAAGGAGAAGAAGGCAUUGCAGGAGGCGCACCAGCAAGCCCUGGGCGACCUGCAGGCCGAGGAGGACCGCGUGAGUGCCCUGGCUAAGGCCAAACUCCGGCUGGAGCAGCAGGUGGACGAUCUGGAGUGCUCCCUGGAGCAGGAAAAGAAACUGCGCAUGGACACAGAGCGGGCCAAGCGCAAGCUCGAGGGCGACUUGAAGCUGACACAGGAGGCUGUGACAGACACCACCCAAGACAAGCAACAGUUGGAGGAAAUGCUCAAGAAGAAAGACUCAGAACUGAGUCAGCUAAACCUGCGCAUAGAAGACGAGCAGCUCCUGGGUGCCCAACUGCAGAAGAAGAUCAAGGAGUUGCAGGCACGGGCUGAGGAGCUAGAGGAGGAGCUGGAAGCUGAACGGGCAGCCCGGGCCCGUGUGGAAAAGCAGCGGGCAGAGGCAGCCCGGGAGCUGGAAGAGCUGAGCGAGCGGCUGGAGGAGGCGGGUGGUGCAUCGGCUGGGCAGCGCGAGGGCUGCCGCAAGCGUGAGGCUGAGCUGGGCCGGCUGCGGCGGGAGCUGGAGGAGGCUGCACUGCGACACGAGGCCACAGUGGCCACCCUGCGGCGCAAGCAGGCAGACAGUGCAGCUGAGCUGGGAGAGCAGGUGGACAGCCUGCAGCGGGUGCGGCAGAAGCUAGAAAAGGAAAAGAGUGAGCUGCGCAUGGAAGUGGACGAUUUGGGUGCAAAUGUGGAGACUCUGGCCCGCAGCAAGGCCAGUGCAGAGAAGCUGUGCCGGACCUAUGAAGAUCAGCUAAGUGAGGCCAAGAUCAAAGUAGAAGAGCUGCAGCGGCAGCUGGCAGAUGCAAGCACCCAGCGUGGGCGGCUACAGACUGAGAAUGUGGAGCUGGGCCGCCUGCUGGAGGAAAAGGAGUCUCUGAUCAGCCAGCUGAGCCGUGGGAAGACCUCUGCCGCCCAGAGCCUGGAGGAACUUCGGAGGCAGCUGGAGGAGGAGAGCAAGGCCAAGAGUGCACUGGCCCAUGCAGUACAGGCUUUGCGGCAUGACUGUGACCUCCUUCGGGAGCAGCAUGAGGAAGAGGCGGAGGCCCAAGCUGAACUACAGCGGCUGCUGUCCAAGGCCAAUGCAGAGGUAGCCCAGUGGAGGAGCAAAUACGAGGCAGAUGCCAUCCAGAGGACUGAGGAGCUGGAGGAGGCCAAAAAGAAGCUGGCCCUGCGACUACAGGAGGCAGAAGAGGGCGUAGAAGCUGCAAAUGCCAAGUGCUCAUCACUGGAGAAGGCUAAGCUACGGCUGCAGACGGAGACAGAGGAUGUGACCCUGGAGCUGGAGCGGGCGACCUCAGCAGCUGCUGCGCUGGAUAAAAAGCAGCGACACUUGGAGCGGGCUCUGGAGGAGCGGAGGCGGCAGGAGGAGGAGACACAGCGAGAGCUGGAGGCGGCACAGAGGGAGGCCCGUGGCCUGGGCACUGAGCUCUUCCGGCUUCGGCACAGCCAUGAAGAGGCACUUGAGGCCCUGGAGACAGUCAAGCGGGAGAACAAGAACCUGCAGGAGGAGAUUAGUGACCUCACAGAUCAGGUCAGCCUCAGUGGAAAGAGCAUCCAGGAACUGGAGAAAGCCAAGAAGGCGCUGGAAGGGGAGAAGAGUGAGCUCCAGGCGGCACUGGAGGAGGCUGAGGGGGCCCUGGAACUGGAGGAGACAAAGACUCUGCGGAUUCAGCUGGAGCUAUCUCAGGUCAAGGCGGAAGUGGACCGGAAGCUGGCGGAGAAGGAUGAGGAGUGCACUAACCUGAGGCGCAACCACCAGCGGGCUGUGGAGUCUCUGCAGGCUUCCCUGGAUGCGGAGACCCGGGCUCGCAACGAGGCUCUGAGGCUCAAGAAGAAGAUGGAGGGUGAUCUCAACGACCUGGAGCUGCAGCUGGGCCACGCUACUCGCCAAACCAUGGAGGCACAGGCAGCCACACGGCUGCUGCAGGCCCAACUCAAAGAGGAGCAGGCAGGGCGAGACGAGGAGCAGAGGCUGGCCGCGGAGCUCCGGGAGCAGGCACAGGCCUUAGAGCGCCGGACAGCGUUGCUUGCAGCUGAGCUCGAAGAGCUGCGGGCUGUCCUGGAACAGGGCGAGCGCAGCCGGCGGCUGGCAGAGCAGGAGCUGCUGGAGGCCACUGAGCGACUCAACCUCCUGCAUUCGCAGAACACAGGUCUCCUAAAUCAGAAAAAGAAGCUGGAGGCAGACUUGGCUCAGUUGAGCGGAGAAGUGGAGGAGGCUGCCCAGGAGAGGCGGGAAGCUGAGGAGAAGGCUAAAAAGGCCAUCACCGACGCAGCGAUGAUGGCCGAGGAAUUGAAGAAGGAGCAGGACACAAGUGCACACCUGGAACGGAUGAAGAAGACUCUGGAGCAGACUGUGCGAGAGCUGCAGGCCCGCCUUGAGGAAGCCGAACAGGCUGCCCUCCGGGGUGGGAAGAAGCAGGUGCAGAAGCUGGAGGCCAAGGUGCGGGAGCUGGAGGCCGAGCUUGACGCAGAGCAGAAGAAGCACACUGAGGCCCUCAAGAGCGUGCGCAAACAUGAGCGUCGGGUCAAGGAGCUUGCGUACCAGGCUGAGGAGGACAGGAAGAACCUGGCUCGCAUGCAGGAUCUGGUAGACAAGCUGCAAAGCAAGGUCAAAAGCUACAAGCGCCAGUUUGAGGAGGCGGAGCAGCAGGCCAGCACCAACCUGGCCAAGUAUCGCAAGGCUCAACACGAGCUGGAUGAUGCAGAGGAGCGAGCAGACAUGGCGGAGACGCAGGCCAACAAGCUUCGGGCGCGGACCCGGGAUGCCCUGGGCCCCAAGCACAAAGAAUGACAGCCUGAGAUGCCAUGCUGAGGAGGGACAUCUGCUGAGACCCUGUCAUCUCUUCAACUCCAUCUGUGGCCACUCAGCCUCCUAAGCCCCAGAGCACCCUGAAUAAACGCCACCUCUAUUCCAA